ACAUCACAUCGUGCUAUACGUAUAUUUGGACUGUUUGCAUCAUGAACAGCCCUUUUUCUCGUCACUUCUGCCGCAGCCUCAAGUCUGGAAGGAAGAAUGCUCGCAGCGCAUUUUCCAAUGGCUACCACAGCGCAGCCACCCCAAAACCUCUCCGUCGACAACAGCAACGCGAUAUUCCUCGCACGCAAACGAGAACGGCGAAAACAUAUACGAGACCACCAAAUCGAUUCGAGAAGAUGGUGAUCGAUGCCCGAGUGCAACACCCUAUCCUUUUUCCAUUCCUUCUGAUCGGUUGCUUCGGGUCUGUGUCUAUGCUCCUGGUCAUGGCAUACAACGAGUACAAAAAAGAUAAACUCCACACGACGGACUACCCCCCUGAGGUCGAAGAGAGACUACGUCUUGCUCUACACUAUACACAUAUUCAGCCCGACCCAGAAACGUCGGCGAAGUACUUCCUGCAGGCUAUCCAGAAGGCAGAAGAAGCCGGCAUGGAUCCCCUCAAGCCUGACGCAUUAGGAAUCCGGAUACGCUUCUCGCAGAUGUGGGAAAACUUUGGACACAUCAAGUCUGCCAUAGAGAUUCUCGAUGGGAUGGUCAAAGACGUGCAGCAAAAAGUCGCUGAAAUUGACGAAGGACGGGCCGGAGGUGCAAUGCCGAGCGAAGAGGAGGAAGCAACGAGGAGGACUCUGCUACGGGCAACGAUCCAGGCAAAAGUCAAGCUGGCAUCAUUAUAUGAAAGCGACUAUAUGCAAGACCGGUCAAUGGCCAAGCAAGUUCUCUCUGACGCUGUUGGUCUGGUGGUCAAGGAGACAAAAGAUCCUCAGACGAAUGGCUUCACGAAUGACAACAGCGCAGGCAUGACGACAGGCGAGAUCGCCGCUAUGCUAUCACAGAUGGGAGAUCUCUACGCCACCACGGGCGAAGAAGCAAAUGCACUGCAGGUCUACAUGUUGACUCUGCAACCCCUACGAGCCUCGUGCAACGGGACUAGAUCCUGCAAAGAGGCCCAAGUGCUCAGCAACAUUGCCUCGACGAUGGAUCUGGCGCUCAAGAAGCCGGAUGCGAAGAUCAAUGGCAGACCAGCGACAAAGUCUUCCUUAGCUGCCGCUAGAAAAGCAGCCAUCAAUUGGGCAGACCAGGCCAUUGCGACAACAGAGGCUGUCGAGCCUGAAGAUCGUGACGAUAUUUGUGAGUUGGCGUCACUGUCAGCCCGCAUGACUCGAGCAGAUUUGCUGUUGGAAAGCGGCGACAAGGCCGAGUCGCAAGAAGCUUUUGCAAAUCUACUGCCGAUUUUGAAAGAGAAGAAUCUCCUGCCACUCAUUCAGGUAGCGGAGGAGGGGUUGAAAAGAGCUGCGAGUUAAGCUGCUCAGCCUCGGUUCUCCUAACGCCAUGGAUGAGACCACCCUUCACUUUGAAACAUAUAUACCUGUAUAACCAAUUCAAAGGAUGUGACUACCCGCGACGAAAC